UAGCAACGCGGUUCUGUUGGUGUUCAGGUUCCCUACUGACUUCCCUUCCAGUGGCAGCGGCGGAGGCGGCAGCGGCAGCGGCAAGCACUGAGCACGUUUGGGUAGUUGUCCAAGAUGCCGAAUAUCAAAAUCUUCAGCGGGAGCUCCCACCAGGACUUAUCCCAGAAAAUUGCUGACCGCCUGGGCCUGGAGCUAGGCAAGGUGGUGACUAAGAAAUUCAGCAACCAGGAGACCUGUGUGGAAAUUGGGGAGAGUGUUCGUGGAGAGGAUGUCUACAUUGUUCAGAGUGGCUGCGGUGAGAUAAAUGACAAUCUAAUGGAGCUUUUGAUCAUGAUCAAUGCUUGCAAGAUCGCUUCUGCCAGCCGGGUUACUGCGGUCAUCCCAUGCUUCCCUUAUGCCCGGCAGGAUAAGAAGGAUAAGAGCCGGGCUCCAAUCUCAGCUAAGCUUGUUGCAAAUAUGCUAUCUGUAGCAGGUGCGGAUCAUAUUAUCACCAUGGAUCUACAUGCAUCUCAGAUUCAGGGCUUCUUUGAUAUCCCAGUGGACAAUUUAUACGCAGAGCCAGCUGUCCUGAAGUGGAUUCGGGAGAACAUAUCUGAGUGGAGAAACUGUACUAUUGUCUCACCUGACGCUGGCGGAGCCAAGAGAGUGACCUCCAUUGCAGACCGAUUGAAUGUGGAUUUUGCUUUGAUUCACAAAGAACGGAAGAAGGCCAAUGAAGUGGACCGCAUGGUACUAGUAGGAGAUGUGAAGGAUCGUGUGGCUAUACUUGUGGAUGACAUGGCUGACACUUGUGGUACAAUUUGUCAUGCUGCUGACAAACUUCUCUCAGCUGGAGCUACCAGAGUUUAUGCCAUUUUGACGCAUGGGAUCUUUUCUGGCCCAGCCAUUUCUCGCAUCAACAAUGCAUGCUUUGAAGCAGUAGUAGUUACCAAUACCAUACCUCAGGAGGACAAGAUGAAACACUGCUCCAAAAUCCAGGUGAUCGACAUCUCUAUGAUCCUUGCAGAAGCCAUCAGGAGAACCCACAAUGGAGAAUCUGUCUCCUACCUGUUCAGCCAUGUUCCUCUAUAAUAUCAUAAAUUCUGAAGCGUUUUCAAAAUGAAACCACCCCCACCCCUUGUUUUUCUUGUAUUUGGUGAGUUGGGCAGAAGAGCCGGCUUGCUUCAGUGUAGCUUUUUACAGCCCACAUUAGCUACAUUAGGAUUUAUCCUAAUUGGAGAAAGACAGACUGCUAUUAACUGCUAAGACACCCUACGUGCAUUGUUGCAGCCUGGCUUUCUUGUUUAUUUUGUGAUCCUUGCAGCUUUAAAUUGAGUUCCACUGUUGAAAGCUGCAUAGACUGUUAAAAGAGAGAGUAUUCCCCAAGGUCCUUAGGAUGGAAUUGUGGAGCUCAUACUCCGUUGCAUGUGAAGGCUUUGGAGUUUCCUUCAUUCAGAAUAACUAGCGACAAAGCCAGCCCUCGUGUGAUACAUUUUCAGAGGUCUAUGCUACACUGCAGCAAGUUCCCUGUGCAUCCUUAAACAGAGUUCACUGCUGAGCACCCUGUACGGCAGGGGCGGGUAGCUCAAUGCAGUAAUUAAUUUUUGGGAGGAAGAAGCCUGAUCUAUUAUCAUCUGUUUAAUUCUCUGUAGCUUGGAUCCUCUAUGCCUAUUCCUUUCCUGUUGGCUUCACCUUCAGCUAUCUCGACCCUUUCCUGGACAAAUAUCUUGAACUCAGUGAUCAUUGUUUGUGACAAAAUCUUCUGUAAGACAGACUUGCUUCUUGCUAUGUAACUGCUAACGUUGACAUUAGGUAACUUGCUAUAGCACAAUCUUCCUUAGCCCGCUCUCUCUGAGUUAGUGGGUUUUAGGUGGUGUGUGUGUCGUAGUGCCUUUUGAUUAAUUUAAGUAUUUAAUUUUUAUCUUCCUUCGAUCUGUUUGGCUUAACAAUUUGAUCUUAUUGUCUCAUGUAGAAGAAACUUAAUAAAAUGUCUGUCAUGUGUACAA